AUGCCCUGCGCACCACAGCCGAUGGAUGAGUACCUGUCCACUGCAGCAGAACUGGCUGACAUAUCGGCCUCCCGCCACAUGGUGGUCUCCACGGGGCCCUACGAGACAAGUGAUAUGGGCUCACACUACCCGAUGGCGCAACUGAGAGUUGACCUGCAGGCAAUCUCUCAGGCUAUGUUCACUAAGGCAGAUGCAGGAGCUAUAGAGGCCUUCCUCAAAGGCACAAUCUGGGCCGAACCGGUUGCAAACUGCCAGGAUAUUACCUCCCUUCAGGGAAGAGUUACCUCCCUCGAGGGCACAGCCGUCACUUUCGCCCAGCAGCACACCGCAGCUGAAAUAGCAGCCACAAGACAAGGGAACAUGCUGUUGGACAUAAGAAGGCAAGUAGAAGACCUCAAUAAUAGAGGUAGUAGGUGUAAUAUUAGGAUACACGGCCUACCUGAUAGCAUACAGAGGGAACCGCUAGAGGCCACACUGCAAGCACUUUUUAACUUCAUCCUGGGAAAUGAAGACCCAGAGAAUUCCCAACUAGACUGGGUACACUGGGCCCUCCACCAUCCUAGGCAAGAUGAGACACUCCGUGAUGUUAUCUGCUGUGUGCACUCAUUCCAGCAAAAGUAA